UAUGUGAUGGGUUUAUUUGACUGAAUGAUUGACCUUUUACGAUAUAAAGAUUUGGCUGCGGUAAACAACGCGGUGAAAAUGGCCCAUUUUUUUUCUUAUUUUUCAAGCCGCGCCUUUUUUUGCCCUUGUUCCUUUUUGUCUUGUGGUUUUCCGUCGACUCGUUAUUUUAUUUUUUUAUCUUUUCUUCCAGUGUGUUCAUGGCGCUUUCUCAAAGUUCGAGUCAUGACUAUUCUAUUUCUUCUUGGUUAUCGCGACAGCGUGCACGGCAAGACUCAAUCAAUAGUCUUCCCCCCGAUUCACAAGAACAUCGUGAUCUACAAAAAGCACUGGAACUGAGUAAAAUCGAACAUGAAAACGAACAAAAAAGAUUAUUCAAUCUUCUUUCAACCCAACACUCGUCGUCUUCUUCUUCUCCUUCUAAAGAAAAGCCAUUCGAUUUCCACUCAUCCAAUCACCCGAAAUCAGCCAUGAAGCCCUCCUUCCACCCUCCUUUAGAAAAAGAUACCCUUCCCAAGACCCAGCCGCUUCACCGUACUAAUGACAACGACGACGACGACGACGAUUGGUUUCAAACCAUCUCCUUUGUCAAGCGCGAACCACGCUCAAAAAGACAAAAAGAGAAGCAGAAAGAAAAGCCGACGAAAAAAUUGUCUCGUAAAAAACGAAAACCGUCCUCGGAAGACACAACGCCGUCUGUCAAUACGUCGACCUCUGCCAAUGCAUUGCUCCCUGGCGAUGUUUCCCCCAUUUUGAUCGCCAGUCAAUCGUCAGUCAUUAAACAAGAACCUGACAGUGUUGAUGAAAACAACGAUAUCUUGGACAUUGGCGAUUUAUCGGCAUGGAUUGAUGUGAAAGAAGAACAUGAUUCGUCCGCAGCCAAUAAUCUACUUGAAAUCAGCGAUCUGUCUGAAUGGAUCGAUGAACAAGCGUCUUCCGUCCCUAUUCCCACCCGUCCGUCCAAUUCCCGCAAAAGUAAAGGCAAGCAACUGCUCCACAGCGCAAACAACAUCAACAGUGCACACCCAUCAUCCUAUCUACCCACCCCCACCCCCACCUCUGCAUCUUCAUCUUCAUCUUCAUCCAAGUACACCAUAGCAUCUCAAAGUCACGCAACCAUAUGCCCAUUAUGCUCACAGACAUUUACCCAAGAUACAAUCGAAUUACAUGCUUCUCGCUGUACCGGGCCCGACGCUGUUCGUGCCACCAUCGACGAUUCUUUCCACUUGAUGUCCCAAGACUCGGUCACCCCCAUUGACAAUCCCUCGCAUAACUUGAAGCCAUCAGAAACAACACAGUCAUUGACAACAGGCAAAUGUCCUUUGUGCGGGCAAAGAUUUCCGCUAGAUCAACUGCAAAGACACGUAGACAAUGAAUUGGCCCAAGGGACCAAUGAACAAGACGCGGCACACGGGAAUGAUAGCCCGACGUGGAUUGAGAAUGAUUCGGAUCCGGGUUCGAAUUCGGAUUCGGAUUCGGAUUGUAGUGUGAUCGAUCUUUGCGCCAUUCCCCAACCGCAGCAACAACAGGCCCAUGACGAUGCAGGAAUUGAAGAGGAUGAUGGAUAUUUAUCGCCACUGGAAGGUUUUGUCAACCUCUUGGACGAUCAAAGUCCCAGUACGGAUUAUCAACAAUAUUUCCAGCAAUUCUCGAGAAACAACAACGACAACAACAACGCCACCAUCGCUGAGGGAUCGAGUCGAUCUCGUGCUCGCAACACACCUGCAUCGUCGUCUCGGAACACCUCAUCCGGUCGUAACUCCUCGACGUCUCGCAAGCGAGGCGGCGGCGGUGGGGGACGUAGAUUCAAAAAGUUUCGAAACUAUCGAAAAAAAGGAAAUAAUGGCUCUUCAUCAAAAAAAGGCAAAUCGAACAAGAGGCAGAAAAUAGCAUAAAAAAAACGAAUAAUAAUGACAAUAGUUUCUGUCCAAGGGCGGAUAUAAAACCUGUGAAAU